UAUAUGUUGAUUUGCCUUUAGAUUUUUUUAUUCGAUAAAACAAACAACUAUGGCUUAAUUAAAAGAAUAUUUUUAAUUGACAAAUAUGUCUGAGUAUCAAAGGAUAAAAAUAAAUUUAAAAUAAUUUUUAAGCAGUCACAUAAAUCAAAAGAUUUUGUAGAGAAAACACGGGCUUAUAUUCUAAAAGAUUGAUUGAACAUUUUUGAAAUCGAGGACUAAACUAGCGGCAACAAGUGGAAGAGAUCAUGCGCGAUCAUUAUCACGAUGAAUAUAGAUAAAAAAUAUAAAAGAUAACUCAAGGCAAUACUUUGAGAUUGUAUUGUUUCGCGAGGAAAAAAUUGUUGAUAUGUGUGUGUGAUAAUACGCACGUUGAGGUAAUUGAUAAGAAAGUUAAUCUUACGAUCUUGUCAGUAGUGGAUCUUAUAAAUUCAAUCAAUAUUUAAAAUCUUUACAAAUUGUCCCGCAGAGUUUCUCUUUCCGGUUGUGCCUGAUUGGAUCGAAAAUUUAUUACUCAAUCUAUUACUCUUUUUCUUUUCCAUAACAAUGAACAACGAAAUAUUUGAAAUGAAAAAAGUUGUACUUCGUGACAUCGAGCCAGUUAUACGCCAGAGGAUUGGGGAUGAUAUGAUCAUUGAAAAUUUUAGCAGCAAAUCACUAUUACCUCCUGGAGAAAAUUAUGGAAGUUCGAUUUUCAGUGUUGAAGUUGAAUUGAAGAAUAAAAUUACUGAAAAAAAAGAGAAUCUUUAUCUUAUUGCGAAGAUGUGUCCACCAACAGAAUAUCAAAGACAAAUUUUCAAUAGUUCUCGUACAUUUAUGAAAGAAAUCUUUAUGUACGAUACCAUAUUACCAGCGUAUAAUAAGUUGGAAUUGGAGUGUGGAUUAAAAAAGAACGAGAUAUUCGAAAUUUUGCCGAAAUUUUAUGGGUCCAGGCUGUCUUUAAAACCAGAUGGAGAUUUUGACGAUGAUGCUGUCAUUUUUAUGGAAAAUCUGAAAGUCAAAGGUUACUAUACCGGUGAUAGAAGUUUAGGUUACGAUUUAGAGCACGCAGAGGAAGCAGUUAAGGCUUUAGCGAGAUUUCAUGCUUUAGGAAUGGCUACGAAACAGAAAAGACCUGGUAUCUUCGAGGUAUUCAAGAUGUACGCAAAACCUUUACAAAAUGCGGAAAUUAACACGGAUAAUAUGUUCGUAAUUGUGCUCGAUCAGAUAAAAAAAGAUCCAGAAAUAAGUCCUUAUUUCGAAAGAUGUGAAAAAAUUUUAACAGGAUUGACGCCGGAAGACAUUUGGUCAGAUUCUUUUCAAGAACCAUGGACGACCAUCAUUCAUUCUGAUUUCUGGGUGAACAAUGUGAUGUUUCGUCACGACGAAAAAGGAAAAAUUAAUGGCAUAAAAUUCGUCGAUUUUCAAAUAUACCUUUAUGGAAGUCCUAUACGUGAUUUGAUAUUUUUUCUUUACUCUAGCGUUAAAAACGACACGACAGAGGAACAAGUCGAGGAUCUGAUGGAUCUGUAUUACGAAACUUUGAUAAACACGCUAAAUAAAAUGAAAUGCAAUACGGAUAAGUUUACCAAAGAAGGAUUUAGAGCAAAAAUGGCCGACGAUGGAGAACGUGAGUUCCUCCACGUAGCUUUCAUGAUAAAGAUGCUUACGUUGGAUACGAAAGAAAUUAAUGAGUUUGAUGUGGACAAAAUGCAUGCAGUAAUAGUGGAACAUACUGGAAAUCAAUUAUUCCAAGAACGACUACGAAGAUUAGUACUCUGUUUUGUUAAACGAAAUUGGAUAUAAAAAAAAUUACUACGACGAAGGUGAAGCCUUUUUCUACAAAAUGCCUUCGUAUACUUAAUUAUAGCAUUGAUUUUUGGAAUGAUCGUAUCCGAUUGUUCGAUAUCACAAUAGAUAUAUAUCAUACCGUUUUCAAUGAUUAACUCAUUCUAUUAUCUGUAGUAUAUGAGGAAAUAUAAUCAGUUUAAUCAAGUAAGGUUCACUAAAAUAAAUCAAUCGAAUUUUACAAUAAUAUCAAAUAUAAAUAAUGGAAAAAAAGGAAGAAUUUGAUUGAAACAGACCAAAAAUUAAUAAAUCAAUGAUAAAGGAUGAACUCAUAAACAAUCAUUUGAUUUUUAAAUAGAUAUACAAGUAUAUAAAUUUCUUUGAUAAAUUAUUUUCAAGAGAUAUAAAUGUAUUUUUUUAUAUAUAAAUGUAUAAAGAUGAAAAUAAAUAAUUUCUUAAUAUGUCAAACAAAUAUUUAAAAAUUGCAUAUUAACGACACACAGGAAAUACAUAUUUUUCAUCAUUACAAAACAAAAUAAAAUAAAUUAACAAAAUUUUUUGAAAUAAAAUGUGUGUAUCUUACUGAGUUUACAUGGAGAUUAGUUUUGUAUACAUAAAUGAACAUUUGUUUCACAUAACUGAUUUUGAUACAUAUAUAACAUUUUUAAGAUAAACUAAAAAUUAUUUGAAUUUUAUUUGCAUUACAUAAUUUCUUUCAAUUAUACCAAGAAUAAAAAGGAUCAAAAGAAAGAAAUAUGAUCUAUAAAUGAAUUUAAUUUACAAUUUUUUGACAUGUUUAUUAAUUGAAUUUUAUUUAAGUGAACUUUGAUACAGUGAAUUAUUCUUAUCAAACAUUGUCUUAUCAAAAUCUCAUUUCAUUUCAUUUAUCAUCUUGAUAAGAAUUGGUAUGGAAUUUCAAUUCUUUUUUUUUUUUUUU